CCAGAUUACAUCCCAAAUCGACCCAUCGGCAAGCCAGCCGACCUUCCCCCAGCCCCCGCCUACUAUCCGAACGACAAAAAGUUGGACUCUUCAGAUCCCCAAUCUCGUACCUGCCAUUCUCCAACUCGGCAGUUGCAGACGCUCGGCGCUUCGUCGAUCCGUAAUACGACGACUCGACCCUUGGCUUGCCUCGCCAUUGCAUCUCGAGACAGUCGUCAUCGCAGAAACAUCGGACGCAUGUAGCACACGGCACAAUGUCCAUUGAAGCGAUUGGCGCUGCGGCGCCCGCCGUGGCUAUGGACGUUGAACCGUCGACCGACAGCACCAACCCGAUCGCCCUGCAUUCGCCGCCGGACAGUAACAAUGCUGUCGACGUCGACGGCAGCGACUCGGAGCUGAGCGACCUCGAUGAGGUCGCCGGCAAGCUGGACGGCGAGCUCCAGGCCGAACUCAAGGGCGAAUUCGAAGCCGAACCAAAGGUGGAACCCAAAGUUGAACCGGGAACUGAGCCGCAGGCGGAAGACGACGACAUUGGCGAGAUUCUUCCCGAUCACUGGUCGGGCACGGUACCCGUAUUCAAGCCGACCAUGAAACAGUUUCAAGACUUUAAGCUCUUUGUAUGUCGACUCACAGACCGUAUCUGCACCGGGCACCGCCCCCCGCUAACAGAUGGAAUGCAGAUGGAAAAGGUUGACAAAUACGGCAUGAAAUCCGGCAUCAUCAAGAUCAUUGCGCCCGAGGAGUGGAAGCAGUCGUUGCCGCCCAUAGACGACUUGAUCAAGCGGAUCCGGGUUCGCGAGCCGAUCAAGCAAGACAUCAUGGGCUCCAACGGAACCUACCGCCAGGUCAACAUCCUUCACCAGCGCACCUACAACCUCCGGCAGUGGCGGGAGCUUUGCGAGCAAAGCGAGCACCAACCACCUGCGAGGCGAGGCGAGCGCCGCGCAAACUCGGAUAGGAAGCCUGCCACAAGAUCUCGUGCUGCUGCCGAUCCCAGCAAACCCAGCACCCGAACUACCAGCACCUCGACCCGUGGCAGGAAGCGCAAAGGAGGAAGGGCGACUCGACGGUCUGCCCGUGCCGCAAAGGAAGAGUCCGAAGAGCCGGAGGAUCGUCCCAUGACGCCCGUAUCGCCGUUCCCCGAAAAGGAAGAGGUGAUAAAGUCUGUGGAAGGGGAGCUGGGCAUGGACGAAGAUGACUGCGAGGAUGCGGAUGCGCCUGGGGCGGUGCGCAGGAUGGGAUCUGCGCGACAGGCCAAACCGAAGACCCAAUCCGUCUCCGCUCGUCGGAAAUACAUCCGUCGCGAAGGCUCGGCCAUGAUUGACGAGGAGGCUUUCAAGGAUUGGGAUUACCGGAUGGACACCUCCGAGUUCACCCCAGAACGUUGCGAAGAGUUGGAGAAGAUUUACUGGAAGACGCUCACGUACGCUCCGCCCCUGUACGGGGCGGAUCUUCCGGGUACUCUCUUUCACGACUCGGUCGAUAAGUGGAACUUGAACAAGUUGCCCAACCUGCUCGAUGUCCUUGGAACGAAGGUGCCGGGCGUCAACACGGCAUAUUUGUACCUGGGCAUGUGGAAGGCAACAUUCGCGUGGCAUCUGGAGGAUGUCGAUCUCUACAGCAUCAACUACCUCCACUUUGGCGCUCCGAAGCAAUGGUACAGUAUCUCCCAAGCCGAUGCCCGAAGAUUCGAGGCCGCCAUGAAGAACAUCUGGCCGACCGAAGCGAAGGCAUGCGAUCAGUUCCUCAGGCACAAGGGCUUCCUGAUCUCUCCGUCACACCUCAAGCAGCACUAUAACAUCACUGUCAACAAGUGCGUCUCAUACCCGGGAGAAUUCGUAGUCACGUAUCCGUACGGGUACCACUCCGGAUUCAACCUUGGCUACAACUGCGCCGAGGCCGUCAACUUCGCCUUGGAUAGCUGGUUGCCGAUAGCCAAGAUUGCCAAAAAGUGCCAGUGCGCUCAGGCGCAGGACAGUGUUUGGAUCGAUGUCUAUGAAAUCGAACGCAAACUCCGCGGAGAAGAGACAGAGUAUGAGGAGACGGAGGACGAAGAGGAGGGAGAAGAUGACGAGGAAGAGGAAACGGGUCUGCCCAGCCCGCCUUCGAGCCACACAGUCCGAGUCAAAGCCCCGGGCCGGAAACGCAAGCGCGAUACAGACGAGAAGGAGCCGCGGGCCAAGACAAAGAAGGUUCGUCUGCGUCUCAAGCCGCACGUCGAACCGCCGUGCUGUCUUUGCCCCAACGACAUUCCAGGGGCCGAGAUUAUGCCCACAGAUGAUGGCCGGAAGGCUCACCGCAUGUGUGCGCUCUAUCUGCCCGAGACAUAUAUCGAGACGGUGGAUGGCCGCGAGAUUGUCGCCAACGUGGCCGGCAUCGACAAGGCGCGCUUGGAACUCAAGUGCCUUUACUGCCGCUCCAAGAAAGGAGCGUGCUUCCAGUGCUCGCAGAAGAAGUGUCCGAGAGCCUACCACGCCACUUGUGCCGCUGCAGCUGGAGUCUUUGUGGAAGAGCAGGAAGUGCCGGUAUUCGGAGCGGAUGGGACCGAAUACAAGGAACAGGCCUUUGAGUUCAGCUGCCGAUUCCAUCGGACCAAGAGGGAUAGGAAGGCGGAUGGCGAUGCUCUGGAGAACGACCCACAGCUCCGCGCGGCCGCCAAAGCCCUCAAGAAGAACGAUAUCUGCCAGCUGCAGUACUAUCGUGGCGAAAUAUUCGCCGGCGUCGUGGUGGAGAACCGCGCUGACGAGGAGACGCUCCUUCUUGAUAUCAUUCCCAAUGGUGACCGAGUCGAAGUCCAAUGGAAGUGGCUGCUCUUGCCCGAUCCAGCUGACUUCCGUCUUCCCAAGGCGUCCCCUAAUGCGAUUCCGAUGCCCACCUCCAGGAAGGCACAAAAGGAGAUCAACGCCAAGCGGGCCGUUGAUGAGGCGCCCAGGAAGGAUGACGAGUUUGCUCCCGGAUACACCUGGGCCGAGUUCCAUACUGGUGAUGCCACCAAGAACCCGGACCAGGUCAAGGUCGACCUCAGUCGGGAGCAGCAAGUCUGGCAUUACCUGGGCAAGACAUCGACCGAGGCAAAGGCCCAAUAUACCGAGGACCCAUCGCAGCGGAGGCACAAUCCCAAAUCAAACUUUCUGGACACCAUACCGAAGCCGCCACCUCCGAUGCGGGCGCCCCUGGUUCCUCAGGCCGGGCCAUCGGUUUCCGGGGCGUAUCCAGGGUAUCCCGCCGUUGCUGGGGGGGUGUCCGGCGCCGCUGCGGGCAAGCAGGACAAGGCCUAUGUCUACAAGCCGCGGACUCCGUUUGGGUUGACUACUGGACAACAACCUGCUCCCUAUACCUCUCACACCUUUGCUGUCAGCACACCUUCACCAUCCCCAGCGUUCCAGCAAUUUCAGACUCAACAAGCGGCCCCGCAAGCGCAGCCGCAGUCGACGUUCCAACAACACCUGUUUCCCCUGCAGUCUCAACAACACAUGCAGCAGCUGCAGCUGCAGCUGCAUCAACCCCCCCCUCAAGUCAAGCAGUAUCAGCCACCUGCUCUGGAUGGUCAACCCAAGAGCUCAGCACCGUAUUUAUCGGAUCGUUUCGCGCCCGUCCGAGGUAGUAAUGGAUUCCCGAAGCUUCCUGGCUUAUCCUGGCCCCCUGCUCACAUGAAAUCAGGCCAUAUUGUUCAGCCUCAGUCAAGAGCCUGGCCUUCAUCGACAGACACGGCUGCUCCAAUGACGUCGUCAGCCCUGAGAUCUCCAAAUGUCGGCGCUUUGCAGCCUGGAGGAGCCGGAAGACAGCCAUAUGCCAGCGCGUACCAAAAGGACUCGUCGCGAUACCGGACUCCGUAUGGGCAAUGGGGUGGUUUCACAAACGGCUACGAAGGGAACCUCCGCGAGUUCCUGAUCAAGGCGCAAAAGGCCCUUUCUGGGGAUUCCAGUAAAGCUCCGAUCAAGCAGGUGCCAGCCUCUCUACUACAGCCUCUUCGCCCGCGCCUCGAAAACUCGGCACCGGCACACGCUCCAUAUGCGCAGAUUCUCCCUCGGCCGCCGGCCACCAAUUCGCAAUCUCCAUCACCACAGCCUCCACCAUCAUCAGCGCCUACCACUCAGGCACCACCACAUCACAAUCAUGGAUACGCAGCCCCGAGCACGCCGGGCAUGCCUAGCGGGCAACCUUUCGAGGCGAGGCAGCCUGGCCAAGGGCUGCAUCCCGCCAACCGACCACAAUACGCUGCCCCGCAGCAGCAGCAGCAGCAGCAGCAGCAGCAGCAGCAGCAGCAGCAACCGGGCCAGCCUACCCAGCAUGUUUGGCGAGCGACAUCGCAGCCUCCUACUCAAAUACCUUCUCAGGCACCGAAACCCUCAGCACAGGCAAAGCCGGUGUUUACGAAACAAAGCCAUAGUCCGAUUCCAUUGCCCCCAUACGUAAGGCAGAUGGCCACCGCGUCGCCGAGCGGUUCCAAGCCGUCGCCUCUUAGCCAACCUCAUGAGCAAGCGUCUCAGCCAUCACCAGCUCAAGAACCGGCCCCCGUAGCGGCAGCAUCACCCCGACCUGCUCCAGACUCCGGCGCCACGCAGGCCCCGGCGGCCGCCUCGCCGCAGCAAGGGCAAGUAACACCAGUCGGUGACAGCCACGCUGGUUCGGGAACGACUUCUCAGCGGUCACCGCAGGCUGCGAUCCCGACACCAAGUUCUACAGCGCAUCAGUCAUCAGAUGGACGGCGCUGGACCCCAGCGCCCGAGCCGCAACCAGUCCAACAGGGGACAGCUGUCUCCCCGACGGAGGCUGGGCAGCAAGAUAACGCGGCCCUGGUUGAGCGGCUGAUGAGUAAUCUAAGAAGGGCGAGUCAGAGUUUUGGAAUGAUGGAGGAAGAUCAGAGGAUGGCGGGGCAGCAGAGCCAGGCCUAGAAGGUGGCGAACAAGCAUUUUCAGUGGUCGAGUGCCAACAGAUGAUGAACUGGUCCAAUAAUACGCAUGAAGAAGUAGCUUGGGUGAAAGGGGCGGACGGCCGUGGAACGGUGUUUAGGGAGUUGGACUGAAACGGUUGGUCUUGUUUUUUUUGGGCAGCCAAUGGGGUGGGAUGUAUGAUUUGA